AUGGCGUGGAAGCGGAUCGAUCGUGUUUCAGGAAAACUCGUGUUAGGGUUUCCUCUAACGUCUCCCGAUCUAGUCAAUUGUGGCGCUUCACCAGAUAUACCAAGAGGCAGCUACGAGGAUUCCCCAGAAAUUGCUCAGAAAAUCAGGUUUUCCACUGAGCUUUCUCUAGAGAAUGGGAUCAAUGGCCGUAAAACUCCAUCUGUGAAGUUCUCAGCAAUCAAUCAAACAUUCGGAUUUGAGUUGUCUCCUGAGUCUUCCUUUGAGUUACCUUCUCCACCUGGAAACUUCAGGGAGAGUACAACUCCCGUAAUAAGCAUCAACUCGGGUUCUGCAAGCACGGACGUGACUGUGGCUGAUGUAACUUUCCUGAAGGAUGAAUUUUUCAGUGGCGGUGAAAGUAUUUCGACUGAUGCUGUUGUUGGCAAUGAGGAUGAGUUUUUGCUGUAUCAAACAGCUCGACUUGGUAAUUUCGCAUACACGUUUCAGUCAUUGGAUCCUGGGGAUUACUUCAUCGAUCUGCAUUUUGCUGAAAUCGAGUUCACUGAAGGUCCAGCGGGAGUCAUAUCGGGUCUUGAUUUGUUUUCGCAAGUAGGAGCAAAUACACCUCUUGUGAUAGCUGAUCUAAGGAUGCUCGUUGGUCUGGAAGGAGAGUUAUCUAUACGAUUAGAAGGAGUGACAGGAACCGCAAUUCUAUGUGGCGAAAAUGUUGACUGCAAGAUGGAAGAAGAGACCCAUGAGGUAAGGAAUGACUGUGAACAGCACGAGAAAGAGAUGGCGGACAUGAAGAGAAUGGUUGACGAACUUAAACAAGAGAAUCAACGAAAGAGUAGAGAAUGCGAAGAAGCAUUGAAUUCUCUCCGUGAGCUUCAAAAUGAGCUAAUGCGCAAGUCGAUGCAUGUUGGUUCUUUGGCCUUUGCUGUCGAGGGACAAGUCAAAGAGAAGAGCAGAUGGUUCUCUUCAUUAAGAGAUUUGACAAGAAAAUUGAAGAUUAUGAAAAUGGAGCAAAUUAAGCUGUUGGAGGAAGCAUCCACUUACAAAUUGCUAGUCCAAGAUAUCAACGAGUUCAGUUCUCACAUCCAUUCCAGAGUAAAGCAGGACGCAGAAUUGCAUGAAAAUCUCAAAGUCAAAUUUGUAGCAGGAGAAAAAGAGAGGAAGGAACUAUACAACAAGAUACUAGAGCUAAAAGCUGAUGUUUUUGAAGAUACUGCUCCUUUUGCUACGUCAGUCAUUGAUGGAUACAACGUUUGUAUAUUCGCCUAUGGCCAGACUGGUACAGGGAAAACGUUUACCAUGGAGGGAACUCCAGAGGACCGUGGUGUAAAUUACAGAACGCUGAAAAAUCUGUUUGAAAUAAUUAAAGAACGAGAAAACCGCUACAGUUAUGAGAUCUCUGUCAGUGUCUUGGAAGUUUACAACGAGCAAAUAAGAGAUUUGUUGGUCCCUGCUUCACAAAGUGCUUCUGCGCUGAAAAGAUUUGAGAUAAGGCAAGUGAGUGAAGGAAACCACCACGUACCAGGAUUGGUUGAAGCAAGCGUGAAAAACAUAGAGGAGGCUUGGGAUGUGUUGAAAACAGGAAGUAAUGCAAGGGCUGUUGGGAAAACAACGGCCAAUGAGCACAGCAGCCGAUCUCACUGCAUUCACUGCGUGAUGGUAAAAGGUGAAAAUUUGUUGAAUGGAGAAUGCACAAAGAGCAAACUAUGGUUAGUAGAUCUAGCAGGAAGCGAACGGGUUGCAAAAACAGAAGUGCAAGGAGAACGGCUCAAGGAGACCCAAAACAUCAACAAGUCAUUAUCUGCUCUUGGUGAUGUCAUAUUCGCUCUUGCCAACAAAAGCUCUCAUAUUCCUUUCAGGAAUUCAAAGCUCACGCACUUACUUCAGGAUUCUCUAGGAGGAGAUUCGAAGACCCUCAUGUUCGUACAAAUCAGUCCUAACGAGAAGGAUCUAAGCGAGACACUAUGCUCACUGAAUUUUGCUAGCAGAGUAAGAGGGAUAGAGUUGGGACCUGCAAAGAAGCAGCUAGACAAUACAGAACUCUUGAAAUACAAGCAAAUGGUUGAGAAAUGGAAGCAAGACAUGAAAGGAAAAGACGAACAGAUGAGGAAAAUGGAGGAAACGAUGUUCGGUUUAGAAGCAAAGAUUAAGGAACGAGACACUAAGAACAAAACCCUUCAAGACAAGAUCAAAGAACUUGAAUCACAACUGCUGGUAGAGAGGAAGCUGGCUCGUCAACACGUAGACACCAAGAUUGCUGAGCAGCAGACAAAACAGCAGAACGAAGAUGAAAACAACACAUCAAAGAGACCACCACUUGCAAACAUACUGUUGGGAAGCAACAAGUUCUCAAGCGAGACCUCGACUUCUAAAGAAAUGGUGAAUCUAUCCCGACCACCACUGUCGGAGAGCACCACCAUCUAUGAUCUACCUCCUUUACCUAACGGUGGCCUCAAGCACAACGACCUCACUGAGAAGGAGAACAAUCCAGAAAUGGCUGAGAGAUUGCAAAUACCCAAGAGAACAGGAAGAUUCUCCGUUUGUCCCAAACGUAUCCUACCACCUCCAGCUCCAAGAAGGAGUUCUCUUGCCCCAAUGCCAUUCUUCCCAAUCACAUCAACUUCGCCGUUAAGACCAGCACGCCAAGCUAUUACAAACUCGCCUGAUCAAAAGAGCGGCGCUAACCAAGUGCUCUGCGUCAGCCCUAAGUUGCACAGAAGCAACGCGAAGACGCUGAGCAGCAUACUGAGACGAAGCAUGCAGAAGAGAAUGCAAACGAAAUCUUCCCCGAGACAGCAACCGUUGAGAAGAGGUGGCAUUAACGUCGGGAUGGAGAAAGUUAGGUUGUCUAUAGGAAGCAGAGGAAGGUUAGCUCACAGGGUUCUGCUAACCAAUGCUCGUAAGGCAGGUCUAAAGGAGACACCACUGAAACAGAUGCAGAAGGAGAAAGAGAGAUGGAUCUGA